UAAUUUUUGUUUAAAAAAUAAUAAAAAUAUUCACUGAAGUCUUCAACUAUAUAAUGUAUUAAAUCAUUAUAAAAAACUUUUUGUUUUGCAUUAUCUGUGAUAUUUUUUGAUCUCUUUAUUAUUUUUCAAAAAUGGAAUAUUUUUCGCGCAAAGUAAAAUCCAAUGGGCAACUAGACACACGUCAAAUGAAUGGCGCAAGUGAUUACCAAAAAAGUCAACGGAGCGAAACCACGAUGAGUCCGGCGCCCCCCGCCCAGCGAGACAAAAGUAGCGCUGCGUUCGCCGCCGCCAAGCAGUCGUACCCGGCAAGCACCGGCAAGUGCACGCACAACAUGGAGCGCGAUCGUAUCGGAUUAUGGGGCUCCGGAGACGGCCAGUCCAACAGCCGCCUGUCCGGCCUCGACCACCUGAAACAUCCCGGCCUUAAUAAGGGCAUGGCGUUCACAAUCGAGGAGCGCCAACUACUGGGCAUCCACGGGUUGCUGCCGGCCAGGGUGAAGUCCCAGGAGGAGCAGGUGCAGCUCUGCAAACUGUCCAUCGAGAGAUACGAGAACCCGCUCAACAAGUACAUCUACUUGAUGGGACUACUGGACCGCAACGAGCACCUGUUUUACCGCUUCGUGGGGGAGAAUGUGGCAGACAUGAUGCCCAUCGUGUACACCCCUACCGUGGGGCUGGCCUGCCAGAAGUACGGCUUGGUGUUCCGCCGGCCACGCGGGCUGUUCAUUACCAUUCACGAUAAAGGACACAUCUACGAUAUCUUGAAGAAUUGGCCAGAGACAGACGUGCGUGCCAUCGUGGUGACGGACGGGGAGCGGAUCCUGGGGCUCGGGGACCUGGGCGCGUGCGGCAUGGGCAUCCCGGUCGGCAAGCUGGCGCUGUACACAGCCCUCGCCGGUAUCAAGCCGCACCAGUGUCUGCCCAUUACACUUGAUGUGGGUACCAACACACAGUCGAUGCUCGAUGAUCCUUUAUACAUCGGUCUGCGUCAAAAACGCGUCCGUGGGCUGGAGUACGACGAGUUCAUCGAGGAGUUCAUGCAGGCAGUAGUUCGCCGGUUCGGACAGAACUGCCUGAUCCAGUUUGAAGACUUCGCCAAUGCUAACGCCUUCCGCCUGCUAGAAAAAUAUCGUGGCAGGUACUGCACAUUCAACGACGACAUCCAGGGCACGGCUGCGGUGGCGGUGGCGGGGCUGCUGGCCAGUCUGCGAAUCACCGGCACCAAGCUCUGCGAUAAUACCAUCGUCUUCCAGGGGGCAGGAGAGGCAUCCCUUGGAAUCGCAGCUCUCUGCGUGAUGGCCAUGGUCUCGGAAGGUUGCACCGAGGAGCAGGCGCGAGGCCGGAUCUGGAUGGUGGACUCCAAGGGUCUCAUCGUGAAGGACCGCCCCGAGGGAGGUCUGAAUGAGCAUAAAGAGAAGUUCGCGAGGACCCACGCUCCCGUACGCACGCUAGAGGAAGUCAUUGAUAUUGCCAAGCCUUCUGUACUCAUCGGAGCCGCAGCUAUUGCGGGCGCGUUCUCCGCCAGCAUCCUGCGCAAGAUGGGCGCGCUCAACCAGCGGCCCGUCAUCUUCGCGCUCUCCAACCCCACCAGCAAGGCCGAGUGCACCGCAGAAGAGGCUUACAGCAACACUGAUGAUCGCGCCGUGUUCGCGUCAGGGUCGCCGUUCCCGGACUACCGCGCCAAGGACGGCCGCGUGCUGCGCCCGGGACAGGGGAACAACGCCUACAUCUUCCCCGGACUCGCCCUCGGUAUCAUCUGCGCGGGAAUCAUUGAUAUCUCCGAGGAUAUCAUGCUGUUGGCUGCCGAGGCGUUAUCAGAGAUAGUAGCUCAGUCGGACCUGGACGUGGGCCGGCUGUACCCGCCGCUGGAGAACAUCCAGGAAUGCUCCAUCAAGAUCGCUAAGAAAGUGGUCGAGUACGCCUACAAGACUGGCAAAGCGUCCGUAUUCCCGCAGCCGGCGGACGCGGAGCAGUUCAUCCGCGCGCAGAUGUACGACGUGCGGUACGCGCCGGCCGUGCCGCGCGCCUACGCCUGGCCCGACAGCGAGCGCCACGCCGUCGACAUGAUCUAGUUCCACACGGGGCAAGGAACGUUCGCGAACGUUGACACCUAUAUGUCUUACCAUUUCUACACCAUUCUCAUAGCUAUAAAUAGAGAGAAGAUAAGACAUGUCAAUGUUCGUGAAUAAGGAGGCGCCCUCCGAUCCCGCUAAUAAUUUGAGCUAGAACGCAAUGAAUUGAAACUUUAUCGUACCGCCAUUUUAACCGCCUUGGCUCCAUCGAAAUAGUUUGUUAGAUUCUAAAAUCAAAACUUCGUCUAAACCCACAUUGCCAAUCUCUUUAGACAUAGUUUAUAUUUAGGUUCAACUGGCAGAGAAUGCCUUGUGGCAUUAAGUCAGGUGGACCGUUGUACAUUUUACGUGCAUAAAGUCUAAAAAAAUUAAGAACACCAAAACUAUUAGACAUGCCAGAACGAUAUCUAGCUCAAGUUAUCAACGCUAUUAAGGGGCAGCGGGGGUUAUAAAAGUUAACACGGCAUAUAUCUUCUCUCUGUGUUCAUAAAGUUAACUGAAGCGAUUGAGAGAUGUAUAUGCUUUGGAAAAGCUUGUUAAUAGUCCCCAGACCACGCUGUGAUAUCCGCGCUGUAGAACUCGAGUCACCAACCCAUUUUAUGAGAAAUGUCAUACAAAUCAUCAAUUCAAAUUUUCCGGGCUAUGUGUAUUAUACAAUAAAUAAUAAAUAGGCAAGACCACAGACCCACCAGGGGUUGUGAGCAACGCCAGAACGGAAUGGCAUGUACCUAUUCAUAACUAAUGUAAAAACACUUAUUAAUAUUCACUUUAAAACAUAACAAAUAGACUCGUGGCGGUCACAUUUCUACGAUUUGAUGUUUCUCUAUUAUUAUUAUUCUUACCUUUUCAUCUAACUCUUACGAAACAUUUUAAACAAUAAAAUUAGUACCUAUCAUACUUUUUUGAAGUAAAUUGUUACAGAUAGUGUUAUAUAUUUCAUGUAAAUAUGGUCUAUGAAUCGUAUUAUGUAAAUCUAAUGUGGCUUAAAAAUAAACUAGCUUAGCAAUAAUGUUUAAAUAAAUUAUACUAAAUGAAAUCAUUUAUAUAAUAUGAGCGUUUUACCUUACAAUAAAACGCUUAUUAAAUACUUACCUAUUCGAAGCCUAUAAAUAAAUGAGAGUGGCACUUCCGUUUCCGUAUUCUGUCGUGUUUCCGGCUUGAUUUACCGAUAUUUACCCCCUCCUUUCCCACCGCCACAGGCAGGCCACGUAUUAGGUUGUGCGUGGCUCUUGCCUCAUUGUGUCUCGUUUAUGAGCCAGGCAGGUAUUAUUGUAUAGGCUUCGAAUAGGUAAGUAUUUAAUAAGCGUUUUAUUGUAAGGUAAAACGCUCAUAUUAAACACUGUACGCUAUUCGAAGCCUAUAAAUAAAUGAGAGACGUGUUUGUUAUCGCCUGGCGGUGGAAAGCGCCAAUGUGAUGUCGUUGUAAUUGACGAGAACACACUGGAAAUGCUAUUUCUGAGAAGAUAGGCUGUAUGAUAGAGGGGAAGUUAAAGUAAAUAAUUGCAAAAAUAUCAUUUAUUUUAUAUAGGUAUAUAUAAGUCUUGACUUAAGUAUAAUCAUUCAAAGUUCUAUUUUCUCAAACAAAACUAAAACAAUAUUACUACGUAUGCGUAGUGUAAAUUAAAACAUGUUAACUUUCAUAUUCAUUCAUUUUAAUUAGCAAGUGCUGCUAGACUGGAUUAAAUAAAAUGCUAAUAUUAUUUCUAUUUUCAUUAUAUAGAUUGUUUUGCAUAAUCUCACGACGAUAAAAUUGGCGAAAAGUUUCUGCUGACCGCCAAUUUCCUUGAGCUAGAAUUGAAUCUAAAGGAAAGUUAUCCACCCAAUUCUUAGAAGCUACUGCUGCUCGGACGCUACCAGGAGUAGCUUUAAUACCAGCUUCAUUGAGUAAGGCUUUUACCCAGCCUCCGAUCACGGUGCGAGAGGCAGGUUUAGGGUCACCUCUUACUGUUAAGAAUAGAGCAUUGCGUAAUCUUUGACUACAUUCUAGUCUCCUUGAUUGGGACGCAUUUACUAAUUGUUUUAUCCAAUAAACAGGGUCUAAUAACUGACAAUUUUCAUUUGCAAUAAUUUUCCAGCCAGACUGUCUAUAAUCACAGGAAUCAGUUUUUGACCCAAAGCGCGGCCAAAGGAUUAUGCAGUUUUCUUUUAUAAUCAUGUGCUGGGGUGUGACAUCGAGCAGGGUCAAAUCAUGUACACGCCUUCCAGAACAAAGCAAUAAUAAAAUAGCAGUUAGCUGGGAUAUUCUGAACAAACUACUGUUUUCUUUUUGACAGUUAGACAAAUAGCUUAAUAAAUGGGAAACAUCCCAUAUAGGUGGUUUUCCUGGAACUGGUGAUUUUAAAGAAAUUGCCUUCAAAGCGUGUUUGACUAAUAUAUGAGAACUCAAACAUGAUGAAUUAGUAUUACUGAGUGUAGCUACUACGGACUUAUGCAAGAGUAUAGUUUUAUAAGACAGACCCUCUUUUUGAGAUAAAUCAAUCAAGUAGCGUGCUAAGUCUGAUCCUUGUGGAUCAUUACGGUUUACAUGAUUUUGCUCUGCCCAACGAACCCAUCGCAUCCAUGCAGACUUGUAAGUUUUUAAAGUUGAUUGUCGCCAUCCAGAUUUUAGCAUAUGUUUUUGUUCUUCGGUCCAAUCAGUUAGGUCACUGGCCCACCCCCACAUUUCCAAACUUCUAGAAUUAUCGAUUUGAUGUUCGGUGGUGGCCGGUUGGUAGUCGCAUCGAUAAGGACCUCGUGCAGUUCCGAAAUUGUAUGUGGUGGUGCUACUGCUCUUUUCUCGAGGUCUGUGCGCCAAAAUACUUGUUCCCAACGUGGAACCACUAUUAAAAAUAUGCCCUUUGCUUGGUUCAUGUGUAGUAAUACUCGAGGUACUAGGCACGGUGGUGGAAAUACCCAAGCUAAUUGGUAGUUCCAAUUCCGGCUGAGAGCAUCGUGGUAGACAGCUUGGCGAUCCCAAAGGUCGAUUGAUACAUAAUCCGGAACUACGUGGGCUAUCUGGGAUGCAAAUAAAUCUAUUGAAGGUAUUCCCCAUUUUUCGAAUACCACUUGAGUCGCCAUUGGCAAGAGAUGCCACUGAGGAGGGCGGCGCUGCCUGGAAAGGUGAUCUGCUUCGGAAUUGUACAUUCCCGGUAGAUGGUAGAUUCUUGGAUGAGCCUGGUAAGAAUCUAACAGUGAGAAUAUCUGAAAAGUCAGAUCUAGAAGUGGCAUCGAUCGAGUUCCUCCUUCGUUCCGUAAGUAGGCUACCACAGUGCGAUUGUCGCUUUGAAUAAGAAGAGAGGUAUUUGCCAGCUGUAAUCGAUGCCCUUGUUGUAGUACUUUCAAUAUAGUCAACAGUUCUUUUUGAUUGCUGUGCAGCAUUUUUUCGGAUGUAGUCCAAUUUCCGGUCAACUCUUUGUUGUUCAGUUUCGCACCCCACGCUAUGUCGGAAGCGUCGGUAGUCAGAAAAUGAGUAGGUGCGGGUACUCUCAGCAAUGACUUCGUGUGACAGUUUUCUAGCCACCACGCCAACUCGUUUUUCGCCUCCCAGGUGAUUUGGAAAAAUGACUUGCCUUUCUUUGAUACAACGGAAUUUAACAGAAGUUGAAGGUGCCGAUAAUGUAGUCGACCCCUUGGAACUACGAAGCUGGCAAAAUUUAGCAUACCUAUAAGGCUUUGUAACUGUUUCAAUCCGAUUUUCUUGGCUCCAAGCAAUGUUUUCACUACUGAAACGAUUUUCUGUAUUUUUUUGUCUGGAAGGGCUUUUUGGUUUCCCAAGGGAUCCCAUAAAAUUCCCAAGUAUUCUAUUUGUCGUUGAGGCGUAACAAUUGAUUUUUCCAUAUUUACUUUCCAACCUAGUCGCUCUAACAUUUUGAUGACUGUCAAAGCUUGAUCUUCCAGAAUAUUCCGAUCCCGAUGUGCUAAAAGAUAAUCGUCUAAAUAUACUAGAAGCCUGAUGCCCUUUUCUCGAAGGAUCUGAGCAAUCCAAUUUGUUAUAGUCGCAAACACCUUCGGUGCCGAACUUAAUCCAAAUGGUAGACACGUCAUUUGUAGCAAUUCUCCUUUGAAAAGCAACCUUAGGAAGCAACGAUGUCUCUCUGCUACGGGCACGUGAAAGUAGGCUUGACUUAAAUCUAUUUUCACUAACCAGUCCUCGUUUUGCAAGAAGUCGGGUACGCUGUGAAUGUUUAUCAGUCGAAAAUGUUGCAUGUGAACAUACUGGUUGAGCCUUUUUAGAUUGAAUAUUGGUCGAGAAGAACCGUCGCUUUUGGGUACAAGAAAUAGGGUUGAUAAAAAGCUUGGACUUCGAACAGCCAUCUCCAGUACUCCCUGGUGUUUUAAGUUUUGUAUUACCUUUGACAUUUCCGGAGAAUAGGGGAUUUGUAAUGCAGUGCCCUGUUCUGGAACUAUAAGAGGAGGUUUCCUUACGAAGGGAAUGAGAUAUCCCUGAAUUAUUUUUAGAAUGUAUGCCGGUGCAUUCAUGUCCCGCCAUUGUUGGCAGUAAUACUGGAGUUGGCCGGCUUGAAAAUUCCUGAAGUCAGGAUCGCCUCCGUUUGUCACGGGAUUUUCCUCUCCAUGCAGGUGAUGCGGCUCGUUUUGACGUUCGUCUGUCAUUUGUUUUUUCAGCACGUCCCGAGCGGCCACGAAAUGACUGCGAAGCAUUUGACAUGCCCUGAUGAUCGCGUUCUUGCGCAGAACGGUAUUCAUAAUGUUCAUCUUGGGCAGAUGAAUAUUUUCUAUAACUACCCCCUUGCGCAGGUGGGCGAUAUUUUGUAUUAUGGCCUUGCGCAGGCUUGUUUCUAGACCCCUGUGCGGGAUGACGACAUAUAUUAUGUGGACCUGCUUGCACAGAAGGUUUGUUGGCUUUCGGCUUCAUCCAGAAAAUUUUCCUUAUUCCGCCAUAUUUGUCCAACACUGAUGUAAACGUCUGCUCUUCAAAUAAAUGGGAACAAGAUGGUGGAAUCUUCCUCAGAGCUGUUUUAACUAAGGGAUCUUUAACGUACUUUAAAAUGGAGUCGCGCCUUUGUUGGAUCGUGUCAGCUCUAUGUCCACAUACUAACUGCAUAGCGUCUGAAGACACCUUGUGAAAAUCACCUUUCAAGAAAAUAUCUUCCAUCUUGUUCUUUAUGUCUAAAUAAGUUAUCAUUUCCGAUUCCUGGGACCACUUAAGAAAAUCUCGUAUGCCACAUUCCAGAGUUUCUUUUUGUUUUAGUAAUGCAUAUGUUAGGGUAGCAUAACUUUUUUCAAUGAAGGAAUAACUUUUAGCCGUGUCAAAUGAUUUAAUUUCAUCAUUUACUUCUAAUUCAAUAAAUCCCGGGGAGUGACUAUAAGUUUUCUGAACCUCAGAGUAACGGACGUCACUCCAAGUAGAGUCACCAAAACGUUGAAGACUAUUUAUUGCGGUGAUAUAUUCAGCGGAAGCUUUUGCAAUAGUUGGUUCUUUAAGACUAUUGUCUAAACAAAUGCUAAAACUUUGUUCAUUUGUAACCUUAAUAGGAGACACCGCACUGGGAGACGUAAUAUUUAUCGCUGGACUGAAUAAAUCACCACUAAUAUUAGCUUCAAUAAAAUUAUCGUUCUCUAAAGCAACAUAAUUUGGGGUAGAUUGACAUUGUUGAUGGAAAACUUGAUUACGUAAUUCACUUACUUCUUUUGAUAGCUUUUUAAGCAGCCUGGUUGAUCUCCUGUCUUUUUUAUACUUCUUACGAUUCCGUCUCUUGGAUGAUGAAUCCGAAUCACUGCUUGAUGAACUAUUGCUGGAACUAUCACUUUUUCGGUUAUCGUUCUCACCAUCGUCUUUACUAUUAGCAUUAUUCACGUUAAAUCUACAAUUCACAAUAAAAAUAUAAAUCGGUAGCCGGUAGUAUUAAAAAAUCGUAUUAUCGUAAAAGCAUCAAAUAGUAAUAAAAGGUAGCCGCAGGAAAAAUAUUAUUCUACCCUUUUGCCAGAGGGUAAAAAAGUACCUGUUUACAAAUACCUUUUGUAGUCUUCUUACAUAAAACUUAGUAAGAAAAUAUAAAUUACCUGAACGAAGCAGCAGCUCAAGCAAACAUUAAUAAUAAAAAUUUGGUAGGUAUCUUACCAAAAUUCCAGUAAUUAUGAAAUUGUUUUUUUUUUUUUUUUUUACGACUACGUAUCUGUACGAAAAAAUAUCUGAAAAUUAUUUCUUUGACUUACAAAGAAUACAACCGUCUUGGACGGGGAAACAGACGCCAAUGAGGCAAGAGCCACGCACAACCUAAUACGUGGCCUGCCUGUGGCGGUGGGAAAGGAGGGGGUAAAUAUCGGUAAAUCAAGCCGGAAACACGACAGAAUACGGAAACGGAAGUGCCACUCUCAUUUAUUUAUAGGCUUCGAAUAGCGUACAGUGUUUAAUAAUAUGUUUUUCAAAGGAUUUGAUAAUAUUGGCAUAACUAAUGUUUAAUUUUAUUCUGUUGUGUAAAAUUAUUACAAUAAAUGCGUCCAUUGCUCAUGUUAAUCUUGGAUGCAUAAUUUUUUUUUAUAAUACUCUUUUAUAAAACAUUUUUAUAAAAGCAAUAAGCUGUGGCAAUAAUUACACAUGCAAAUUGCAAUAACUUUUAGAAAGAUCUACUACACGAGUGUUAUUAUAAGUUCGUUUGGCGAUAGUGGCAUGCUUUUGUAACCAUUCCAAGUUAAUGUUAUAUCAAUGAAAUAAAUGUACCUUUCAUUUUUCCUAUAUAAUUCAUGCAAAAGGGAAGAAAAUUUAUUUUAAAUCUAGUAAAUUUUAAUAUAUUAUGACGAAAUGUGGUAAUUGUAUGUAAAUUUUGAAAUAAAUUUGUAAGCUAUAA